CCCCAGUCACCUGGGCCAAUCAGGCGUCUCUCCCGCGUCCCGCGCGCCUUCGCCCCUGAGUUGCUGGAGGCUUUUGGCCGUGGCGGCGCUCGCUUUCCGCGCCUUCUGGGAAUGGCGGAGGGUGGCAGUCGGCUGGAAGAGGUAAACCAAGAUUUCAUCUGCAAGAUGGAAAGUCCAUCAGAGUCAGCUGUGAUGUUACCUAGCACACCACAGGCAUAUGGGAAUCAGUCUUCCCAUACCACUAGUUCAAGGCAACAACCCAUGAGCACAACACUUAGAGAACGAUUGAGGAAGACAAGAUCUUCGUUUAAUUCCUCAUAUAGUGUGGUCAAACGUCUUAAAGUUGAGAAUGAAGAAAAUGAUCAGACCUUUUUGGAGAGGCCAGCAUCUUCAACAGAAGAAAACUGCUUGGAAUUUCAAGAAAGUUUUACACACACACACAGUGAAUUUGAGAAAAGCACAUAUUUCAAGAAUCACAAUGCAUGUGAAUCUAAAUCACUUGAUUUUGGGUCAUGCAUUACUCUCCAGAAUGAUUUUGUGAAUGAGAAUCAUCCCAAACAAGGAUUCAGUACAGAAAAAGCAAAAUUGGUGAAGCAGGUUGAGGAGAAAGAAGACCUUCUUCGGAGGCUAAAACUAGUCAAAAUGUAUAGAUCAAAGAAUGACCUGUCGCAGUUACAACUGUUAAUAAAGAAGUGGAGAAACUGUAGCCAGCUGUUGCUUUAUGAGUUGCAAUCAGCUAUGUCUGAGGAGAACAAGAAACUAAGUCUUACUCAGUUGAUAGACUACUAUGGGUUAGAUGAUAAAUUGCUACAUUAUAAUAGAAGUGAAGAAGAAUUUAUAGAUUUUAAUUCAUAAUUUUUUUCUCCAGAAUAUCUUUGAGAAUGACAACUUAAUUAAAAGAUAAUUUUAGAUUUUGAAGGGACAAUAUAAACCAUUAGGCUUAGAGGAAGGUAUUCUGAUGUGUACUCUGUUACAUGGAUAUACACAAAGUUCUAAAAUGAAAUUUUUGUAUUUUGGAUAGAUUUGCUAAAGAAAACUUGACAUUUAAAGAAAUGUGGGAAGAAUCAUGUUUUAAAAGAUAAUGUAAACAAUUUCUGGGAAGCAAUUUUAAAUAGUUUUUUGUGGCAAAAAGUUUUGUUUUAAUUGUUAAAAAGUAGUCUACUCUGGUGAAUACAUAUAUAACUCUAAAUUGGUCCAAAAAUGCAAGUCUAAAAUUUCCGCCUCUUCUAAAUUUGUAACCCUUGUUUCCAUCCAUUUACCACAUAGUUACAUCUGGAUGGUCUAGAAGAUAAUUAAACUCAUAUGUCCAAAAUUAGAUUCUUUCCAGUCUCUCUUCAAAUUUGUUUCUUGAAUUCCUCAUCUCAUUUAGUGACACGGCCACCUAUUUCUUAUAAACUACAUAUUCUCAUCUCCCACAUCAAGCCAUCAUGGCGUACAAGGUCUUUCACAUUCAUCUCCCUUUCUAGCUUCAUCUGUGAAAUAGUUUUAGAGAGUCUACUCAGUUCACAGUGAUUCCCCAGCCAGAAACCCACUCCUAUCCACAGGGCUUCUGGCUGCCAUGAUGUAUAAUAUCUGUCAUCCUGGCCAUAUAUAAUGGAGAUGUGACCUAAGAUGGCCCAAUCCCUAAGAAUUUGGAAUUGAGCUCAGGAAAAGAAAGCUUAUUUCUUUUUGUGGCUGGAACUGUUACAUGUAAACUUGGGAGCAGUAAAGCUGGUAUGUUUAUGAAGGAUAGUAUGUCUGCUUACAGAGAAAGGCAGAGAUGAUGGAGAGAGAACUUAGGAUCAGUGACUUCCUGGUUUUAGUUUCCGUCCGUCCCGAGGGCUUUCUGGAUUCUUGCUUUUAGGUUCUUUAAGAGCUAAAACAGCGUUACUUAGUUUAAAAGGAAAAGUACUCCUGAAGAAAAAAUACCUUCUAGUUGGUAAAUAAUGACUACCCUGAGUUCUGCCUCCCUAUGUUUAGCCCCCAUUCAGCCCAGUCCCACCCAUGAUCUAACAAAACAUUAAUAAAUGGCACCACAGAGAAUACUCUUGCAUCCUUGUCUAAUUGUUAAUGCCUGUGCUGGUUUGAAUGUAUUAUGUCCCCCAGAAAUUUGAUGCAAUCUUGUGGGGCAGACAUAUUAGUGGGGAUUAAGUUGGAACAUUUGGAUUAGAUUGUUGGCAUGGAAAUGCUCCCCAUC